AUGCCGCGGAAGAGCGCUGCAAAGGCCGAAGAGCCAUCUUCUGAAGACGUGUCGGCGCAUUCCGAUGUCGACAUGCAAGACCAGCAGGAGGAUAAGAUGAGCGGUUUCAAGAAGUUCGGAUACAAUCUAGAUACCCCAGACUACACAGACUCCGACACAAACACAAGGGGAAACAGUGUCGCAGGCGACAGCGCCCCCCCUGAUGGCAGAAAGCGACGCGCAGAAGAGAUGAACAUGCGCAAGUCCAUGUACGGCAAGAAGGCUGAGGGCCUAAGGGCAUCAAUGGAAGACGACACCAUUCGCCGCUUUCGAUACCUCCUUGGUCUCACUGACCUGUUCCGCCACUUCAUCGACACAAAUCCCAACCCGCGCAUCAAGGAGAUUCUCGCUGAGAUCGACCGUCAGGACGCCGAAGAGAGCAGCAAGUCAAAGGCCAACAAGAUUCGCAAAGGUGGCGCUGCUGCCGAGCGUCGGCGCAAGACUGAGCAAGAGGAAGACGCCGAGCUGGUGCGCGAGGAAAAGCAUGGCGGUCACAACGAGACGGUUUUCCGCGAGUCACCAGGCUACAUUCAGGGCGGUACAAUGCGCGACUACCAGAUUGCUGGUCUCAACUGGCUGAUUUCGUUGCACGAAAACGGUAUUUCAGGUAUCCUGGCUGAUGAGAUGGGUUUGGGAAAGACGCUUCAGACCAUUUCCUUCGUCGGCUAUCUCCGCUAUAUUGCCGGCAUCACUGGACCCCACCUGGUCGCAGUGCCCAAAUCGACCCUGGACAACUGGAAGCGCGAGUUUGCCAAAUGGUGUCCUGAAAUCAAUGUCUUGGUGCUACAGGGUAGCAAAGAUGAUCGUGCCGAACUCAUCAAGGACCGCCUCGUCCCCGAUGGCUUUGACGUGUGUAUCACAUCCUACGAAAUGAUCUUGCGCGAGAAGUCGCACUUGAAGAAGUUUGCGUGGGAGUACAUCAUCAUUGAUGAGGCGCAUCGUAUCAAGAAUGAGGAGUCGUCACUGGCACAGAUGGUUCGCAUGUUCAACUCGCGAAGCCGGUUGCUCAUCACCGGUACCCCUCUUCAGAACAACCUCCACGAACUUUGGGCUUUGCUCAAUUUCCUUCUCCCAGAUGUGUUUGGUGACUCAGCUGCCUUUGACGAUUGGUUUUCACAGCAGAAUGAGGACUCCGAUGCAGUUGUCCAACAGCUACACAAGGUUCUUCGACCCUUCUUGCUCCGCCGUGUCAAGGCCGAUGUCGAAAAGUCACUGCUGCCCAAGAAGGAAAUUAAUCUCUACGUGGGCAUGUCGGACAUGCAGGUCCAGUGGUACAAGAAGAUUCUUGAAAAGGACAUUGAUGCAGUCAAUGGCGGCGCUGGAAACAAGGAGUCCAAAACCCGCCUUCUCAACAUUGUCAUGCAACUGCGAAAGUGCUGCAACCACCCUUACCUGUUCGAAGGCGCCGAACCCGGUCCUCCAUACACUACCGACGAGCAUCUGGUUACCAACUCAGCCAAGAUGGUCAUGCUCGACAAGCUGCUGAAGCGUAUGAAGGCCCAAGGCAGUCGCGUGCUUAUCUUCUCCCAGAUGAGUCGUGUGUUGGAUAUCAUGGAAGAUUACUCCGUUAUGCGUGAUUACAAGUACUGCCGUAUCGAUGGUUCAACCGCACACGAGGACCGUAUCCAAGCGAUUGACGACUACAACAAGGAAGGCUCGGACAAAUUCCUGUUCCUCCUGACAACGCGCGCUGGUGGCCUGGGCAUCAACUUGACUACUGCCGACAUCGUCGUUCUCUUUGAUAGCGACUGGAACCCACAGGCCGAUCUUCAAGCCAUGGACCGCGCUCACCGUAUCGGCCAGACCAAGCAGGUAUAUGUGUUCCGAUUUGUCACCGAGAUGGCCAUUGAAGAAAAGGUGCUCGAGCGCGCGGCACAAAAACUACGUCUGGAUCAACUAGUCAUUCAGCAGGGUCGCACGCAACAGCCUGUGAAGAAUGCAGCAUCCAAAGACGAGCUCUUGACCAUGAUCCAACACGGCGCAGAGGCAGUAUUCCAGAGCAAGGGCCCUGUUGGAUCAGCUGCUAGCGGCGAACUCGGAGAUGAUGAAUUCGACGCGGUCAUGCGCCGUGGCGAGGAGAUGACCGAGAAGCUCAACAAGAGGUAUGAGGCCCUUGGUCUCGAUGACCUUCAAAAGUUCACAUCCGAUUCAACCUAUGAAUGGAAUGGCGAGACGUUCCAGCCCCGCAAGAAGGAAAUUGGAAUCUCCUGGAUUAACCCAUCAAAGCGUGAGCGCAAGGAACAAAACUAUGGUAUCGACUCGUACUACCGAAAAGCUCUUGUGACUGGCGGCCGAACAGAGAACAAGCAACCCAGGAUACCUCGCGCACCAAAGCAGAUUGUCAUUCAUGACUACCAGUUCUUCCCAGAACGCCUCGCAGAACUCCAAGACAAGGAAACAGCAUGGUAUCGGAAGGAGAACAAUCUCAAGGCGCCUCUUCCGGAGGGUUCCGAUGAGGACCUCGAGGCUCGCGAGGCUGACCAACAACUUGCACAACAAGAGAUUGACAACGCCGAGCCAUUGACAGAAGAGGAAAAGGCGGAGAAAGAGCGACUGAUUGAAAAGGGUUUCCCUGAGUGGAAUAAGCGUGACUUCCAGCAGUUCCUCAACGGUAGUGCCAAGUAUGGUCGUCAGAAUUACGAAGGUAUCUCGGAAGAAGUUGACGGCAAGACUGCUGAGGAAAUUGAAGCAUACGCCAAGGUAUUCUGGAAAAAGUACAAGACGCUGGACAACUGGCAGAAACACUUGGGUGUGAUUGAGGAGGGCGAGCAACGCGUACGACAAUCAGAGGAGAAGAAGCGGUUGAUCGCAAAGAAGGUUGGCAUGUACCGCAUGCCCCUCCAGCAGAUGCAGAUCAAGUACACGGUAUCGACGACGAACAAGAAGGUGUACACUGAAGAUGAAGACAAGUUCCUUGUAGUUAUGCUGCACAAGCAUGGUGUCGAGGGCGACUUUAUCUACGAGAAAAUCCGCGAUGAAAUCCGGGAGUCGCCAUUGUUCCGCUUCGAUUGGUUCUUCCUGAGUCGCACGCCACAGGAGAUUGGCCGUCGUUGUACUACGCUAAUCUCAGCCAUUGUGCGCGAGCUCGGUGACGGGGAUGCCAAGAAUAAGAAUGGCAAGCGGGGAUACGAGGAGGAGGAGACGGAGGAAGAGGAGGAAGAGCAACCAAAGAAGAAGACCAAGAACGGCGUCAAGAAUAAGCAACUGGACACUGUAAAGAGCAAGGCUUCUCCCGCCUCGGCAACGCCGUCUCGAGCAAGCAGUGUAGCGACAAAUGGAUCGGCGACCAAGGGAUCAGCAACCAAAGGAUCAGCAACCAAGGGUAAGGGCAAGGGGAAGGGCAAGAAGAAAUAA